UCGCUGGGUACAACGUCAAGCGGCUCGGCAUAAUAUGUACCUAGACAGACACGGCUGGUGAUUCUCGAACAAUAAGAAUGUGCCCCACCCGAGAAACCUGAGCAUUGUCACGAAUAUCCAUUCAGGGAAGGGUUUUUAGGGCAUGACUUCAUUCGCACCGGCAACAGUCGGGUAGCCGGACGAUCCGUAAUUGCGGGAACAGUUUCGACGCCAGAAACAAGACAACUGGAAGAAAGUCGACCUCAUACGAAGCCCUUAUUCGGAAGGGUAUUACAUUUACCCUCUAUACGAGAGUAAACGAUCGAGCAAGAGAUCCCAACGGCGACGACGGGAGAGUUCCGGUCGCGGAGCCAGGAUGUCCGGGAAAAGGUACUACACCAGCGAGGACGACGAGUUCCACACUCCAACCAGGGUGCAGCUUGAUCGAUACGGACGCCACAUGUACGACAACCCGAAUUUCGUUUAUGAUGGCAGCCAGAAGCAUCGACCAUAUUAUAAGGCUUCCAGUUCAGACUCCAGUGAAAGAACCAGCAGAUUAUCCCGAAGCCAAAAAAAGCCACUACUUCCUUGCUGGAGUCAUCUUAUUUGUUGUUUUAUUGGUUGUGGCUGCCAUUGGAGUGGGAGUAUAUUUUUCGAUGAACCAAUCUUCACAAGGCAAACUCAAUACAAAUCCAUCGAGACUGGAAACACAUUCAGGCAAUCAACCACCGGAUGCAAAGUUGACUGUUCGAGCUGGAAAUUAUAACUGGGACAAUCAACUGGCAGACAACCAAAGCAUCCGGUUUAUGGAGGUGGCCAAGGAGUUUGAGAAAGAGCUGGAUUCUGUCUUCCUUGCCAGUCCUGCGAAAAAUGCCUAUAACUACAGCAUGGUGACAGGUCUCAAACCUGGGAGUGUGAUAGCUCUGGUCCAAGUGUUCUUCAUGCUAGAGACUGCGGAGACAAGUCCUGCGCUGAAACAGCUGGUAGCCAGCUAUAAGUCCAACCCACAGACGUUCCAGACAAUGGUGGUUGAAGCCUUUGUAGAGAGGGCCAAAGAAAGAGCAAGAAACAACAUCAACACUGGUCCAACUUUUGACAGCUCAAAUAUAGAAACAGUUGUUGUCACUACAACUACAACCACUACAACCACUACAACAACAACCACUACAACCACAACCACACCAACUACAACAUCAACUACAACCACACCAACUACAACAACCACACAAGCAGCAGCAACAACGCAAGCCGCAGCAUCAACGACACAAGCCGCAGCAACCACCACACAAGCAGCAGCAACCACCACACAAGCCGCAGCAACAACCACCACACAAGCCCAGCAGCAACCACCACACAAGCAGCAGCAACAACCACACAAGCCGCAGCAGCAACAACACAAGCCGCAGCAACCACCACACAAGCCGCAGCAACCACCACACAAGCCGCAGCAACCACCACACAAGCAGCAGCAACCACCACACAAGCAGCAGCAACCACCACACACACAGCCGCAGCAACAACACAAGCCGCAGCAACCACCACACAAGCAGCAGCAACAACAACACAAGCAGCAGCAACCACCACACAAGCAGCAGCAACAACCACACAAGCCGCAGCAACCACCACACAGCAGCAGCAACAACCACACAAGCAGCAGCAACAACAACACAAGCGGCAGCAACCACCACACAAGCAGCAGCAACCACCACACAAGCAGCAGCAACCACCACACAAGCAAGCAGCAGCAACCACACAAGCCGCGCAGCAACCACCACACAAGCAGCAGCAACCACAACACAAGCAGCAGUGGCAACCACACACACAAGCAGCAGCAAACAACUACCACACAAGGAGCAGCGGCAACAACACAAGCUGCAGCAACAACAACACAAGCAGCUGCGGCAACAACAACACAAGCAGCAACAGCAACGACCACCCAAGCAGCAACAACAACACAAGCAGCUGCGGCAACAUCACAAGCAGCAGCAACAACAACUACAACAGCAGCUCCAACCACAACUACAACAGCAGCUCCAACUACAACCCCACCUCCUGAGCAGGAAGUCAUACCUGAUUACAAUGCGUCACUGACAGUGGCCAACCAGGUGUGGAACAACGCACUGAGCGACAACACCAGUGAGGAAUACCAGAACAUGUCGGCUAAAGUUGUCGCCCAGGUUGAUCAAGUCAUGAAAAGCAGUAACAUGAGCGAAUAUUACAACCGGACUGAAGUUUCAUCUAUGAGGUAAGAUGACUUU